AUGGCAUUCUCGAAGCUUGAGGCCCGUGUCUACUCCGAGGCCACAACCACCUUCACAUCGACUCCCACGGCCACCGCAUCACAGGUCCCUGUCACCGAUGUGACUUCGCAUGGCUCGUACACGGGUACACCCACAACCACUGGUGCAUUGUCGACUUCCGUUUUGGCAGCAUCUAUCCCAGCUCUACCACCGGCUGAGUACAAGUUCCAGUACCCAGCUGAUGGCAAGCUUCAUGCUCCUCAGCCAGCCCCUUACACACCUGCCGGUGGUCUGGGUACCAAUGGUUCGGCUCCGGUCUACCGACCCCAGAGUGACUUCGACUACGAGUCGCUCGCCCUCGCCCUGUACCAGGAAUGGAUUGAGCUCGACUUGUUCCACUGGGGUCUCGCUACCUUCAGCACGGAGGAGUUUGAGGCCGCUGGUUUGACUGCUGAGGACCGCUUCCUUCUCGAGUUCAUGGCAGACCAAGAGGUUGGCCACGCUACUCUGUUAACCAAUAUCUUGGGUGCCGAGGCUCCUGUUCAGUGUACCUACAACUACCCCGUUUCCAAUGUGCGCGAGUACUUGGAUUUCUGCCAGAAGUUGACCCGCUUUGGCGAGUCUGGUGUCUAUGGCUUUUUGCCUCACCUCGACUCUCGCGAGAGUGCUCAGCUUCUGCUGCAGUCCAUCACUACCGAGGCUCGUCAACAGAUGAUCUUCCGUCAGUUCCAGGGCCUGUUCCCCAUGCCCGUCUGGUUCGAAGUUGGAGUGCCUCAAUCUUGGGCUUGGUCUCUGCUUGCUCCGUACAUCUCUUCUUGCCCUGCCAACCAGACCCGCCUGGCAUGGCAAAAUUUCCCAGCUCUGCAUAUCCUGAACCAACCCAACCCUGCUCGCAUCAACGGCUCCAACGUCUGGAACGAGACCACCGGCGGCUACACUAACACUUUGUCUACUGCCGACAUUGAGGAUGGUGACUCCUGCAUCAACGCCACCGAGGUUGGUGUCAACUGCAGCCCGGCCAUCACACGUAACCGUACCCAGCCCCUGUCCUACCCCGGCCGCAAGGUUUUCCUGUCCUGGGACGCACCCGGUCAGGCCAUCGGACCCAAUAACAGUUACGUUACCAGCACCUCUGCUGCUUCCCCUGCCUUCGCCGCCUGGGUCACGCAGUUGAAUGUUACCUACAGCCCUCUGCAGGAUGUCACCAGCACCGGUGGUUGGACCAUCCAGCCCAACGUUAGCACCUUUGAGGGCGAUCCCGCCAUCAACGGCACCAUCUUCCUUGUCAUCACUGAUGAGGAUCUCUAUGUAACUCCCUUCAAUAUCACCCAGCUUAACCCUCACGUCUACGCUAUUGGUCUUUACCAGUCCGGCUAA